AACUGAUAACUAAAAUUGCAGACAAACACGUCGAUCGCAAUUUACUUUGUAUUCAUUUUUGUCUUAAGACGCUUAGUAAUACGUUAGACCUGUGUGUCUCAUUCUUUCACUGUGUGCUUCAUUCUUUUCAGUACACAUUACUUUAUUUUUUUCUAUAUGUGAAUGUAAACGUCUGACUACACAACAAUCUACCGCCUGUUUCUACUUCCAAUAUGGCUACCGAGUCUACAAACAAAUGUCCAGAACAAUCGUUUUUUGCAAGAGGGGAGCACACAAUGUCUGUGCCAAUGUCCCUCUUUGGUGACAAUCGAGCACGUCUGGUAAAUCGUUUGAAAAUAACAACUGGAGUGCCAACUAAAGGAGCAUUUGUUGUUCUUCAAGGUGGUGAAGAUGUACCUUUUAAUGAUACUGAUGUUAACUACGAGUUUAGGCAGGAAUCCUUUUUUCAAUGGUGCUUUGGUGUUGAAGAGCCUGGAUGUUUUGGAGCACUGGAGGUCGCAUCAGGGAUAUCUAUUUUAUUUUUUCCAAGAUUACCAGCAGAGUACGAAAUUUGGUGUGGUAAAUUGAGUACGUUAGCAGAAUUUAAAAGUCGAUAUGGCGUAGAUGAGGCUUAUUAUACUGAUGAAAUAGCUGAUGUGUUGGAAAAAAAAAAUGCUGAGCUUCUUUUAACUUUACAUGGUCAAAAUAGCGACAGUGGAUUAUUUUCAAGAGAAGCCAAGUUUGAUGGAAUUGAGAGAUUCAACGUCAAUAACACAAUCUUGUAUCCGGAAAUAUGUGAAUGCCGUGUUAUUAAAUCACCAUUGGAAAUUCAAGUUCUUCGAUAUGUGAUCAAACUCAGUUCAGAUGCUCAUAAAGUUGUAAUGCAGAGUAUUCGUCCAGGAAUGACUGAAUUUCAAGCUGAGUCAAUUUUUAAACAUCAUAUUUAUUUUGUUGGUGGAUGUAGACAUGUUUCUUACACUUGCAUUUGCGGAACUGGUCAUAAUGCAUCAAUUUUACAUUAUGGUCAUGCUGGAGCACCAAAUAAUAGAGUUUUACAAGCUACUGAUAUGUGUCUCUUUGAUAUGGGAGGAAACUAUUGCGGUUAUGCUGCGGAUAUUACGUGUAGUUUUCCAGCCAAUGGAAAAUUUAGCAAAGCUCAAAAAUUUAUUUACAAUGCUGUAUUAAAAGCUCGCAAUGCUGUAAUUGAAGCUGCUAAACCAGGCAUUAGUUGGACAGAUAUGCAUCUUUUAGCCAAUGAAGUAAUGCUGACUUGUUUGAAAGAAGGUGGUCUAUUGAAAGGAGAUGUAAAAGAAAUGAUAGAAGUUGGUUUAAAUGAAACAUUUCAACCUCAUGGUCUUGGACAUUUACUUGGGUUAGAUGUUCAUGAUGUUGGUGGUUAUCUUGAAGGAUGUCCAACUAGAUCAAAGAAGCCAGGAAUUAGAAAGUUACGAACUGCAAGAACUUUACAACCUGGAAUGGUAUUGACAGUAGAACCUGGAUGUUAUUUUAUUGAUUCAUUACUUGAUUCAGCUUUAACUGAUCCUGAUAAAAGCAAAUUCAUCAAUGCUGAUGUAUUAUCAUCAUUUCGUGGAUUUGGAGGCGUCAGAAUUGAAGAUGACGUUUUGAUAACGGAAACAGGUGUUGAAAAUUUGACUCAAGUACCACGCACUAUUGAAGAAAUUGAGACUUGGAUGGCGGAAGGCAAAAAAUAAGCUACACUAUGAUAAAUAAAAAAUUUAUAUUUACACUUUUAUAUAUAAUAUUAUAUAUUUUAGAGUUUUUACAUUCAUUACAAUUGAUAUAUUGUCUUUAUGAUCUAUAAAAUAAAGACAAAGAACUUCAAGCCGA